AGGUGGUCAUUUUGAUCUGGAAAUGAAUUUUAUUAUACAAGAAGGAGAGAGUAUAACAUGCAUGGUGGACUUGCUGGAUAAGUGUGAUGUCACCUGCCAGGCAGAGAUAUGGAGCAUGUUUACAGCCAUCCUGAAAAAAAGUAUACGAAAUCUGCAGGUUUGCACAGAAGUGGGUCUCAUUGAGCACGUGCUUCAGAGGAUUGAUAAAGCUGACAAUAUGAUUGCAGAUCUGUUAGUUGAUACGCUGGGAGUAUUAGCAAGCUACAGUGUGACAGUUCGGGAAUUAAAGCUAUACUUUAGCAAACUUCAAGGAGACAAAGGGAAAUGGCCUCUGUAUGCCGGAAAGCUGUUGUCUGUGUUAAAAUAUAUGCCUCAUAAAUACGGACCUGAUGCCUUCUUCAAUUUUCCAGGAAAAAGUGCUGCAGCUAUUGCCUUACCUCCUAUAGCAAAGUGGCCAUACCAGAAUGGAUUUACCUUUCAUACUUGGUUAAGAAUGGACCCUGUAAAUAAUAUAAAUGUAGACAAGGAUAAGCCUUACUUAUAUUGUUUUAGAACAAGCAAAGGGCUUGGUUACUCUGCUCAUUUUGUGGGAGGCUGUUUGGUUGUGACGUCAAUUAAGUCAAAAGGAAAAGGUUUCCAGCACUGUGUGAAAUUUGAUUUCAAGCCACAAAAGUGGUACAUGGUUACUAUUGUGCAUAUCUAUAAUCGCUGGAAGAACAGUGAGCUCAGAUGUUAUGUGAAUGGGGAACUAGCAUCAUAUGGAGAGAUAACAUGGUUUGUCAAUGCCAGUGAUACAUUUGACAAAUGUUUCCUGGGCUCUUCAGAAACAGCAGAUGCCAAUCGAGUAUUUUGUGGCCAGAUGACAGCUGUUUAUCUUUUCAGUGAAGCUCUCAAUGCAGCUCAGAUCUUUGCUAUUUAUCAACUUGGUCUGGGAUACAAAGGAACUUUUAAGUUCAAGGGAGAAAGUGAUCUGUUCCUAGCUGAUCAUCAUAAACAAUUAUUAUAUGAUGGGAAACUAUCUAAUGCUAUUGCCUUUACAUACAACCCAAGGGCUACAGAUGCACAGCUCUGCCUAGAAUCAUCACCCAAGGACAAUCCUUCUAUCUUCGUACAUUCACCACAUGCCCUCAUGUUACAGGAUGUGAAAGCAGUCAUAACCCAUUCUAUCCAAAGUGCAAUGCAUUCAAUUGGAGGAGUGCAGGUGUUAUUUCCUCUCUUUGCACAGUUGGACUAUACACAAUAUUCCUUGGAUCAACCUGACACAACUCUCUGUUCUAUUUUACUGGCUUUCAUUAUGGAGUUGCUGAAGAACUCAGUUGCUAUGCAAGAACAAAUGCUUUCUUGUAAGGGCUUCCUUGUAAUAGGAUACAGUCUUGAAAAGUCUUCCAAAACACACGUUAACAGAACUGUUCUAGACCUUUGCCUUGCCUUUGCUAAAUAUUUGAGCAAUUUGCAUAAUGGUGUCCCUUUGCUGAAGCAGCUGUGUGAUCAUAUUCUCCUUAACCCUGUAAUAUGGAUUCAUACUCCAGCCAAGGUUCAAUUGAUAUUGUACACUUACUUGUCUACUGAGUUCAUUGGCACAGCUAAUAUAUAUAAUACAAUUCGACGAGUUGGGACAGUUCUACUGGCAAUGCACACCUUGAAGUAUUACUACUGGGUAGUAAAUCCUCAAGACCGUAGUGGAAUUACUCCCAAAGGUUUAGAUGGACCUCGGCCUAAUCAGAAAGAAAUUAUUUCUCUGCGAGCCUGUAUACUCAUGUUUAUUAAACAGUUGGUGACAAAGGAUUAUGGAGUGAAAGAAGAUGAACUCCAGGGCAUUCUGAAUUAUCUUCUUACUAUUCAUGAGGAUGAAAAUUUAAUGGAUGUUCUGCAAUUGCUUGUUGCUCUCAUGUCUGAGCACCCCAGUUCUAUGAUUCCUGCCUUUGAUCAGAGGAAUGGAUUACGCGUUAUCUACAAACUUCUUGCUUCAAAAAGUGAAGGGAUCAGAGUACAAGCACUUAAGGUGAUGGGUUACUUUUUAAAGCAUCUGGCACCCAAGAGGAAAGCAGAAAUUAUGAUUGGGCAUGGACUGUUUUCUCUUCUGACUGAGAGACUUACUCUUCAAACAAACUUAAUUUCCAUGACUAUAUACAAUGUACUUUUUGAGAUACUUAUUGAGCAGAUUUGUACCCAAGUGAUGCAUAAACAGCAUCCUGACCCAGAUUCAACAGUGAAAAUACAAAAUCCCCAGGUUUUGAAAGUUAUUGCUGUUUUGCUGCGUAAUUCCCCACAGUGCUCAGAAACCAUGGAAGUCCACCGAGUCUUCCUAUCAGACAUGAUUAAGCUUUUUAAUAGCAGCAGGGACAAUAGGAGGAGUUUACUACAGUGUUCUGUAUGGCAGGAAUGGAUGCUUUCCCUUUGCUAUUUUAAUCCCCAAAGCUCUGAUGAACAGAAGAUAACAGAAAUGGUGUAUGCCAUUUUUCGAAUACUACUUUAUCAUGCAAUCAAGUAUGAAUGGGGUGGCUGGCGUGUUUGGGUGGAUACCCUAGCAAUUACACAUUCAAAGGUAAGUUGUGCAAAAACAAUUCUAACUCUAUGAUUUUUGUG